AUGCAAUCCAGCACCAACGACUUCACUCCCAAACAGUCCACCAUCCCUGAGCAUAAGAGAAUUCUAGAUAUCUGUGACGUUAUUCAAAAGCACGGUCUCACUCCCAAGAAGUUCCUUCUUGCAUUCCUCCAAAAUCCUCAUGGAGAUGUGGCAGAUCGACGACGAUUAUGGCCUGUCACAGGAUUAGAUUCAACUGUGGAACUUCUCAAGGAGAUUAUUUUGGUUGUCAAAAAGAAACCGAAAGGGAGGGAGUUGUGGGAAGCCUUCCUUGAAGAUGAAGCAGUGAACAUGAUUGCAAGCCAGAAACCUCCGCGAGGCAAUCAGCCGCACGGCUUUUAUCAAAGUAGCAUGACAGUAUCCGCACAAUUCUUUUCAGAGGACGUGAAGAAGGCCGACAACGAACGUUUGGCAAAUUCUACCCCAUUCCUUUUCAAUCUGCUUUAUCGCGCACUGCAGCUGACGAUCCCUGACGAAAACGAGGUUGAAAUCGUCGACUCAGAAGAUCACAUGACGAACGAGGAGCACGAGGAAGCGGAAGGCCUUGCUUUGGAAGAGAUUGGAUACGCAAGGAUUUCCGACGCGCAAGAGCGCAGGCAACACAGGCUACACAGUAUAGCAAUGGUUGCGUGUCGAAUGAUAGCCUAUGCACGGAACCGCCGAAACAACGGUUUACAACUCCGAAAUGGUGUUCAAUUUCUUGCGUGCGGAGUGACCGAACGAGUGAAUGAAUACCUCAUGUAUCACGGAUUGAGCUGUGGCCGGAGAACGGCGGUCUCUGCGCUGAAGACACUUGCGAAAGAGGCCCAGGCGAAUUUGCGCAGGUCUUUUUCAAAGACACUUUCACAGCUGGUCUCACCGUUCAUUACUAUUGACAACUUGGACAUGGUCCAGCGAGUCCAUGCUCAAUCCGUAGGACAUCAAACUCACACAUUUCACGGCACGUGGGGAUAUAUUCAGCUACCUUCACCUGAACUACUGCAGACACUCGAUCCAUGUAAAAUCACUCUUGAUGCUUUCAACGAUGCUCUGCGCAAGGUCCCCGAUUUCCAAAUUGAACCGUUCAUGUUCAUGCCAACUGCCGAAUCAGAAACUAGCUACAAAGCAGUCUGGAAAAGCCAGAUAGCCCGUGUCCUGAACGAAUACCUUGCCCUUCCUGAGGAUCGAUCGCAGGCAAUUCCGAUGGACCCGCCACCACUCGAGAAGAUCUCCUCCACUGUUCCAAAUAUCCAGAUGCUGAAGUUGAUGGAUGCCCCAGAAAACAGCUCCGAGGGCAUUGGGAAGGUCCUCGCAGGCAUCACCGAUCAAACUGGAUUAACACCUGAGGAGUUUCACUCCCGCUUGCAGAUGAUGGAUGGUGAUUUGGCUACCUGUCGCAAUUUCAAUAGUUUGUGUACUUCUCGUCAUCCGAGUCCGUACCCUCAGCACAACCUCCACAAUAUCUCAAUUCAACUAGGUGCUUCCCACACUUUGUGGAAUAUAGCGACUCAAAUAUUCAAGACCCACUUUGGUGAUACUAAGAAUUGCCUGGAUACAGGCGCGUGGAGAUGUUUGGAAAGUCUGGGGGUUCCAGCAGCAAAAGCAUUUCCGAAGAAAGAUUACACCCUCAUGAUUAAUCAUAUGGAGCAGGUGCAUGAGGCAACCAUCCUCUAUGGGUUAAAAACUAUCAUGAAGACUGAGGAAACACCAGUUACCAACGAUCCCCUGCCAAAAAUCCCAACCAAGAGGUGGAACGAGAUUAUCGAACAAUUCUACGUUGAGUUUUGCACUGGUGAAGCGCGUGAGCAAGCAGCAAAACGAGAAUCACCAAAGUUGAACAAUGUGCUGCUUCGACUGCAUGAAUUCUCAACUGUUGUGGAAGCAAACCGAGCAAUGAGGGCCGGCGAUAUUGGACGGCUGCUGAAUGUAUGGAAGAUGUGGGCAGUGAUGUCCCAGGGAUUGCGCGGCCUGACGAACUACUCGGCUUACCUCCCCCGGUUGGUACUGUUACUCACAGAAAUCCUCCCCCCAGAUUUGGCCAAGCUUUUUCGCCACUCUUUGCUGUUCUCACCGAGUGGAAGAGAAGGCCACUUUGUAUCCAAGGAUUCUUAUCUUGAAAUGCAAAAUUACUGGUUGAAGUUUUUGUUCAACCAAACUGGAGUUGGGACUAAUAUCAAUCGAUUGAAGAACUUGUUCUCCAUGAACAUCCUCUUACUGCGAUCAAUGAUGAAUUCUAUCCGAGUUGACAGUGGUUCUUCCGUCUUCACACAGAGCCACAAGAACAUCAUGACCUCAAAGUCUUUGAAUGUUUUUAUGCAGAUGGCAGUCAACUUUGACAUUCUCGACAAAAAUGUCAAAAAACAAGACACACGGAAAGCACCCGGAAAGAAAGAGAAAAUGAAGAAGACCAACGAUUCGUUUGUUCGUGGGUUCUACAAGUUGCAAGAAGAAAUUGAGUCAGAUCCUCAACUCAGUCGGUUUAAACUUCAUAUGAAAACUGAUCACAUCAUUGAAGGAGACAGUGACCAAGAAUCCGAUACAGACAAAAACAACCAGGAGCCCCAAAAUGAAAAUCAAGAGAUGACCUACGAGCUAUAACUCCUAUUGUCCAACCGCGAACUCAAGUUGUUUUUGAGCCUAAUCUGUAACCUUCUUUCACCUCGUUCAUGAUCCUCUGUCGGGUAGCUCGAAUCCGAUCUUGGGCCUCCUUUUCCUCUUUUUCUCCUUCAGUUCCCUUUGCUCAGCCGCCUUCUCCUGUCUCUCUCUCAAUACUUCAGGUGUUACUGCGUUUUUCCGAGUUUUUUUUUGCGUUGGUAAGGUCUCAACCACCAAAUUUGCCUCUUCCGGUGCAUUCCCUUCAGGGGCACUAACAGUUUCAGUAGUACUAGUCUUGGCCCCAGCUGUGUGCUCGUCGAUAGUCUUCAUCAAAACGGAAAGCUGCCCC